AGAAGUCUGUGUCACACAAUAAUUCGUGUUAGUCAUUGUGUGGAACCCAAAGUGAGCUUUCGUGUCAGAGCCUUGCGUUACCUAACUGAAUAGGUCUGUGUUACUUUUUUGGAUAGUGUAAAAAUGAAGAUCCUUGUGUUUGUGACUUUAUUCCUAGUAAUUAUAUUAAUAUGUACUGAUGCGAGGAAAACCUCUAGAAGUCGAAGUUCAGGGUCAGGCCGUGGUAGUAGCCGAAAAACUAGUUCUAAUCCACAACCAGUACCAACAUCAUUUAGCAAUCCACAAGCAUCAGCACCCAAACCAUCGCUAUUCGGAUGGCAAGAAAAGCCAGCAGCGCGAAACACACACACAUACCCUUCGAAACAGUCAAAUCCAUCAAGUAAUCAGAAUCACGGGUAUCCUUCAAGUCAGACUGGAUUAUCUGGAAAUACUCCCGUUAAGCAACCACCGUCAUACCAAGACAGUAUUCAAAGAAGUAAUGUACCUCAACAAAAUGCACACAAUCCAGGUACCCAGUCACAAAGUAAUCAUGCUUAUCCGGCAUCAAAUGGAUUCUCCGGUAGUUCCGGAUCUGCAGGAUAUCCUCAAGGAAGUGGUCUAUCUGGAACUGGUUCCGGGCCCGCUCAUACUUCUGGUGUUGGUUAUCCACAGUCCAAUGGACCAGUAGGCACAGGAGUUGGCUAUCCACAUGGAAGCGGUAUCAGUGGAGCGGCCGGUGCACCACCGCCGUAUCCGGGAUACAAAUCUGGAGCAGCAGGAAAUUAUCCGGCUUAUAGUGGUAGUAAUAAUUAUCACCCACCCCAGGGUCCGCCACCACCUUACUCAAAUCACGGUUCUCAUUAUGGUGGUUAUUCUGGUUACGGAGGUCAUGGGGUUAUGCCUAACCCACAAAUGCCAGGGUAUUUUGGAAAUUACGGCAAUAAUUAUGGCAAAGGAUUUGGAGGAAUGAGUCGACCAGGAAGUGGAAUCAGUGGCUUGGGGUUGGCUGGCGCCGGCAUUGGUACAGUCCUGACAGGAUUAGCUUUAUGGAAUUUGGCUAGAUCGACAGGUCAACAUCACCAUACUGUAAUUUAUGAUAAUCGAGGCCAGCCUGUGGCUGUAGCGCCAGCAAAUGGAACGGACCCUGCGGUUGAAUCCAUUUUAAAAGAUUUAGUUAAUUGCACCUUGACUAUAAGCAGUGAUAACUCAACUGAAGUGUUAGCUAUACCAUGUGCUAUUGCUACAUCUUUUACCCCAGAUACUGAUGUCAAAGAUGCAAAUGCUGCUAAAAACAAUUCAGACAAUACGAAAUGCACUGUCACAGUUGUUACGAAAGAAGGACAAGAAUUUAUGACUACAAUUCCGUGUUCAAUACUCUUGAAUACAGCUGCAGAAAAUAAUGUAACGGAACCUGCUCUUGUUGAUAGUAGUUCAGGAAAUGUAAAUGCAUCAACAGUGACGAAUGACACACAAUAUCUAAAUCAACCAUCAGCCUUAAAACUUUCUGAUGAAUCUCACGAAGUUAAUGUCACUUGUUCACCUAAAGAAAAUGGUGAAAUUCGUGAUCCCAUAAAUCCUUGUUUAGCAGUAACUCACAAUUUAACGGUGGUUCCUUUGGAACCAACUACACCAACUAGUCUAUUAACUCAAAAUUCUAAUUAACACACUGUUUAUAAUGUAAUUUUUGAAAGGUUCUAUAAGAGUCUUUGUAUCGUGUUAGAUCGUGUUUUGAUUAUUAUAUAACGAAUAGCUUAUGAAUUAUUAUGAAGAAGUAUAGUUAACUUGGAGUAGUGCAAUUAAAUUUGUAUUUAAUACAAAUAGGUACUACCUACGUACGAGUUUUUAUUAUGGUUAUCAAUAUUUAGUAAAAAGGAUUUUUUGGUCAAGUAAAGUUGUUAUAAUGAAUGUGCCUAUAAUAGACUGAUUAGUGAUUUAUUUUAUGCCUACACAGUCAUACUUAUUAAAAGUGAAAUUCAUGAAAUAUUGAUUUUAAUUAAACCACUAGACUGCAUCAAAAUAAAUGUAAAGUUCAAAAAACCCCGCCACCCAAAACUGAUCUAAAAAGUAAAUAAAUAAACUGUGCUGACCAUUUAACUUUAUUGUUAAGUACUUAGUAAGUAAGUAGUUCUUUAGUUAAACGCAGAUAUCGUCAAGUCGGAGAACCGCUAAAAAAGUUGUAAGUAGUUUAAUUUCUGACUACUCAGUCACUUAACUUUUUCAUUUGGUGCUUUCUCUAAUCGGGGCCCCCAGACUUGACGAUUUCUGGGUCUUACUGUUACUUAGUACUUAAGCACAUUAAAAAGGCAAAAAAGAGCCAAAACAGUUUAUUUAUUAACUUUAAGAUUUCUAUUUCAAUAUUUUUAAUUAAUAGUAGAC